CUCUCUUCCUCCCCCCCUCUCGCUUUUUCCAUAAAAACACGAACACAGUAACAUAUAGGCCUCUCCUGAAGCCGUCGCAGAGGCAUCUCCAAGGUGUCUCGGCGAUCAUCGUCUUCUUCGCUAUCCUCUGAAAGAAAACAAAUUACCAUUAUCUUAAUAUCAAGACUUUACAAGUACGUGCUAAUUCAACUAACAACUUGAAUGCAUCUGGCCAUCAAGUUGCUUAGGAGUCAUGUAGUGGGGAAAACAAAAUAGGGAAUGCAUCUAAACAGCAUAAAUUGCUAAGACGCCGCUUUCUAUCUUAAAGUCACCAGAGUAUCUCAAAUUUUUAGGAGGCGUAAAUGCUUAUAAAGAUUGUGUGACUCCUUAUUCCCCCACUUCCAUGGUGUGGUGGAAUACCUUUAUCAUUUUGAUUAGAGAUGGGCAACGGCCCGGCACCAUUUUCAGAUAUUGGUAAACGAGCGAAAGACCUCUUGACCAAAGAUUACAAUUUUGAUAACAAGUUUACUUUGUCAGUUCCAAGCUCUACUGGAUUGGGACUUACGGCUACUGGUUUGAAGAGGGAUCAAAUUUUUGUUGGUGACAUAAGCACCCAGUACAAGAGUGGAAAUGCUACUGUGGAUUUGAAAGUUGAUACCUAUAGUAAUGUCUCUACAAAAGUGACUGUAAAUGAUAUGUUACCACUUACCAAAACAGCAUUCAGCUUCAGCAUACCUGAUGACAAGUCUAGUAAGCUGGAUGUGCAAUACCUUCAUCACCAUGCAGCCAUCAGUUCCAGUAUUGGCUUGAAUCCUGCCCCUCUUUUGGAGCUUUCUGCGGCACUUGGGACCAAGGAUCUAACUUUUGGUGGCGAGGUUGGAUUUGAUACUGCUUCUUCUUCAUUCACCAAGUACAAUACUGGUAUCAGCUUUAACAAGACAGAUUUUUCAGUGGCGCUUAUGCUGGCGGACAAGGGACAGACGCUGAAGGCAUCGUACAUCCACACUGUGAAUCCCUUAAAUGGAACUGAGGUUGCUGCUGAAAUGACACACAGGUUUUCCACUUACAGGAACAGUUAUACCAUUGGAAGCUCCCAUGCAGUCGAUCCUUACACCAAACUAAAAGCAAGGUUUUCUGAUGAUGGAAAGGUUGCUAUGCUGUGCCAGAGGGAAUGGAGGACCAAGUCCUUCUUAACUUUUUCAGCAGAGUAUGACUCAAAGGCCAACAACGCGGCACCGGCAAAGUUGGGUCUUGCUCUUGCUCUUGCGCCCUAAAAUGCAGAUGCCUUCAUCACUUAUGAAAAAAAAAAAAUGCAGAUGCCUCUUAUCAUUUACAAAUCUUAAUAUCUUGGAUGUAAUAGUUUUAUCUACAUUUUUUAAAACCCCAAGGAGGUUUACGUGUUACCCAUGUCUUUGUAAAACUAAGAUGUAGGAUGUAGCUGGUUCAUUGAUGAAUUUGUUCCGGAGCACUGAUUGGGAAAUUGAACCCAGUUUUGAAGAUAUUUACUGAGGCAAAGAUGAUAAUGAUCGUGACAUUGUUACUGGAAUUUGAAAUCCUAUCAUUGUUACUGGAGUUUGAAGAUAUCGCAGUUUUUUUUGGCUUAAUGAUCGAUCUUUUUUCAAGUUUUGUCUAGGUUUAUGAUUAUGUGAGAUCAUAAUGGGAUAAUUUAAUUUGACCAUUCAUUUGAUUUUUUAUAUUUGUUGUUUAGAAAUCA